AUGGACCGCCCACGACAUCAGUGGCCUGUCUUUGGGCGCCCGUGGAUUGUCAAACUCAUUGUUCCUUUGGGCCUCAUCGUUCUCUACCGCAUCUUUAGCCACGAAAUAGCCAGUAUGCGUUCGAAUCCCGUGAACCACUUCGUGGCCACCGUUGCUGCAUCCCUGGUCCACCACCGGAUAGCAGCAGCCUCAACAACUGUUGAUCUUAGUUGGCAUGCACCCAAUGCCACGGCUAUCAACAAUUUGACCCAGGUCUUGCAAGGGUCCGACGUCUAUGGGUUCAUCUACGAUACCUCAACGACCCCAGAUGAUAAAUAUGGCGACUACAACUGGUGCAAUAUGCCCCACGUGCGGGCAUCGGAAUAUAAGAAGCCUUCGUCUGAGUACAAGCUUCAGUACGUGGAACUAGUCCAUCGCCAUCACAAGCGAACCGUGUAUGCUUCGAACUCGUUUCCUGUCGAGUCGUACAACUGGAAUUGCGAUGAUGAAGGCCUCUUCUACUAUGGAAAACCCAAAGCUGGAAAGAAAGCAGCACAUGCUUACUGGCAAGGGUAUACCUCUCCCCAAAACCCAUUCUUACCUUCUGGCUUCCUCGGAAGUUGUCAGUUCCCCCAAAUUACCGCCGAAGGUCUUGAUGAUUCCUGGCAACAUGGAAAAGAUUUAUAUGGGGUGUACCAUGAUUUACUAGGAUUCUUGCCAGACAAUGCCAACGAUAAGGUCUCGUUUAGAGUUACAACUAAUGUCAUUACGAGCGAGGUCGCUGGCAUGGUGAUUAAUGGCAUGUUUGGAAUUGAAGAAGACUAUCCAUUGCUAGUCCAGCAAAGCGCUGUUGACUCUUUGGAACCAACAUAUAGCUGCCCCGUGUCCUCCAACCUGUUCUCGGCCAUUAAAUCGGGCGCAAACUGGACCAACCAUCUUACGGCUGCCUCUUCUCUUUAUGCCACCUUGGAUGGUAUUUCUGGUGUACCUUCUGACGAUUCGGGAUUCCACGUCAGCUUUGAUCAUUAUUAUGACAAUCUAUCCGCCCGCCAGUGCCAUAGCAAACCUCCGCCAUGCCAGAUCGUCAACGGAGUCAACUCCACAACUUGCAUUACCCAAGAGAUGACCGACAAUGUCUACCGAUUUGGCCAUUAUGAAUAUUCAUAUAUCUACCGCGACGACCCUCGCAGCUUGGCUGCAAGUGCCACCAGUUUCGGUGUAUGGCUUGGAGAGUUCACAACUCACAUCCGAGAUUUCAUCAGUGGAAAGAGCAAUGUGAUAUACAGACACAAUGUAGCUCACGACGGUUCCAUCUCAAGGUUGCUCUCCGUAUUACAGCUUGAUGUAAUGGUAUGGCCUGGUAUGGGCUCUGAGGUCGUUUUUGAGCUAUACAAGAAAGACGCCUCGGCACCAUCUCCCACUACCAUGGUGACUGCAACGCCCUCAGUCAUUGCGCCGAAUUGCAAUCACGAUAACUGCCUAAGGCAGUUUAUCCAGCAAUCAUCAUCAGCUUCUAAAGCCUGCCCGACAUACACCGCAUCUCCACACGCCAAGAUCCCUUCGUUUGCAUCAAACUGCGGUGGAUCAGCAGCACGGGUAUCUUCGGCAUGUUCCUGUAUCGUCACGCCCACAUCGAGUGCGUCUCCAGCCCCCACAUCUGCACCACCUACCAGUGCCAGCGGAUAUUAUAUCCGUGUCCUGUGGAAAGGACAGGCUCUCCGAAGCUCGAACCCAAGUCUGGGGCUCAUGGAUAUGGUGCCCUUGGAAACAGUACUGGCUUAUUUCGAUGGCUUAGUUGGAGAAGGUGCUAGUCUCGUGAAGGGUAAAUGUGCUUGA